AUGAACUUAUUUAGAAAGAAACCCCUAAUUCCUCAUAACUCAACAAAUAAUUAUAUUAUAUUACCUGCACCAAAAAGACAUUUUGAAGGAAGUAAUUUUAAUUACUCUAAUAAAAGAAAAACAUUACCUAUUGAAGUUAUUGUGAGAUAUUUAAAAACAGUUCAAGAUGCUAUUAAUCUUAAGAUGGUAUCAAAAAAUUGUUUAACUUCAUUUUCUUAUGUAAAAAAGAAUCCAUUUUAUAGUGGACCAUUUGAUUCAUUAAUACAAAAAGAAGAAAUUAUUAAUAAAGAAAUCUCUCUUUUUCCAAAUAUUGAAACACUAAGAUGUGAUAUUGAGACUAUAAAAAUAUUAGACCUUAAUUUAUUAAAAAAAUUAUCAACAAUUGAAUUAGUUGGAAAAUUAAUUUAUGCUCCAUUAAAUAUUAUUCAUAAAAUUCAACAACGAAUUUGUGAAUUUGGAUUUUAUAUUGAUGAAAAUUUAACAUUUGAUUUAGAAUCAAUGAAUUUUCUUCAAAGACUUCAUGUUGAUAUUAAUAAUAAUAGUGAAAUGAUUUAUUUCAGUAAAUUUAUGAAUAAUAUUAUUCAAACAAUACAACAUCUACCUUAUUUUAAAAAAUUAUUUAUUGAAUGUAAUGGUGAUGAUUUGUUAAGAUUACAAGAAGUGUUACAAAAAUUUCAUUCAACAAGAAUUAAUUGUGUUUUAUUAAUUCAUAAUUUAAAAGAAACACAUUUAACAAAUGUAUUAGAAUUAUUAAAUAAAAAAAAUAUAACAUUAGGUGUUUUUGAGAAUGAACUUACUUCAUCAUUAUCUUAUUAUGAUUUUAAGUUAUUGUUUCUUGAUCAUUAUACCCUUUCAUUACCAGAUAGUCUUCUAUUUUCAAAUCAACUUCAAAAAAUUUCUUUAUCUCAUUUUCUACCUCAUUUAGAUAUUUUUGGUUAUAAAAUUGAAGUAACUCCAAUUCAUUCUCUUAUUGAUUUAAAAAAUAUUGUUUGUCUUCAAGAAUUUAGAUUAGUUAAUUCUAUGUUCUCUAAACCAAUUUCUUUAUUAUUUCCAACUUCUUUAACUCGACUUGAAAUUACAACAUCUUUUAAUUUUUCUCUUCCAAAUUUAUUAGAAAUUCCUUUAAAAGAAUUUUGUGUAUCUUCAUGUAAUUCAAUCAAAGAAUUUUAUAUUCCACCUUCAGCUAAACUUGUUGAAGUAAGUCAUUGUGAUUCUGUAUGUUCUUUUCCAAAUCUUCAUGAAGUACCAUUAGAAUCAUUAUUAUGUAUUGAAUGUAAUAAAGUAUCAACAUUAACAAUAGGAACAACAUUAAAAUCAUUAUCACUGUAUUGGUGUUCAAAUAUUUCUUCUUUAAAUUUAAAAAGUGGAUUAGAACAAUUAGAUAUUUUUUAUAAUAAAAAACUUAAAAAUAUUGAUCUUCCAAUAACAUUAACUUCUUUUCAUAUUAAUUUUUGUGAACAAUUAACUAAAUUAAAUCAUUUUGAAGCAUUAGAACCUAUUGCUCCAAUAGAACUUAAAUAUAAAUUUAAAAAUAAAAAAUAA